CGGCGUGCCCGGGUACUAGCAUAGCGCAGAUCCAUUAAGCAGGAUUCGCUGCCAUUCCUUGGCACUCGGAAGAGCACAUCAUAUACAUGACAAUAUGUAUGUCCGCUGAUCAACUCCCUCUGCUUGGCUUGGUAUGCCAGCGGGUCCGGCCGUCAGGAGUAGUAUUCUAGGGUUUAAUCCCACAACAUAUGUAUGUACAGUACAGCGCGUUGGGAAUCCUCCCCUCCUGGAAUCCGUACUGGUAGUAAACAGCGUUGGUGAUGCCCGACGUAUAUACCAGGAUUGCCGCUCCCCAACCCCCACGACACCUGCGGCUUCCAACAGCGAAGAGCCUGAUGAAUCUACCGCUAUCCGAAGCAGUGGGGGUUCGAUGCCGCCAACACGACUGACCGAGAGAAAGCACUCUAAAAGACUGUCCGCUUCAAGAGUACGUGUUCUCUAUUCGGUCAGAUGAUCUUGCCGUGCCACUGCCGCAUGUCCUAGUAGAGACCACGUGCCGUGGACGCCGGGCCGCUGGUUGGUGGUGGUG